CAAAGACCCAUAAGAUUUAUCAAGAGUUCCCUUUCCUGCCUUCCACGAACACCUACACCAGCUCAACCAUGACUUCCACAAACAUCACGGGCCGCCAGCCCAGCGCCUCAGAACAGACCAUCAUCAACGAAGUCCUCUCAUUGUACCAAAUCAACCCAACUGACGAAUCAUACACCCACUACCACCCCACAGCAAUCUUCCAUGACCCGGUGUCAAUCGCCAAAGGCAAAGAAAGCAUAAUGUCUCAAUUCAACGGCAUGCCGAAAUUGUUCUCCUCUUCGACGACUCAAAAAUGUGAACUCCUUCCGAGCACAACCUCUUCCAUCGCGUCGAUCAACAACUCGGACGGGAUUCCCACAACUUCUGUUGCCGGGCCCGAAAAUGGCGGAUCAGUAAUUGUAUUGGACUUGACACAACACUACGUCUUCAAAGGGGACAAGACACCCGAGAAGACACUGAAUAGCAAAGUGACUUUGCUGUUGGACAAGGAUGGCUUUAUCAGGCAUCACGAGGAAGAAUGGGACCACGAACCGAACAAGACUGGAGAGCACAGUGGUUUCAUGGGCAAAUUGCAGGAAUGGAGGAAGAAGGUUGACGCGAAGUUGGUCGAAGCUGGCGUUAGCAGUGACCCGAAGAAGGUCUAG